GCAAAUCUUGAGUCUCACAUAUAAUUCCCGGGAAAAUCCAACCAAUCUCCUCCACAAUCAUACCCGAUCCGCCGCCGCCUACCUGAAUUGGGCUCCCGAAACAGCGAUCUCGGAGCCUAUGGAACCCCCCACCACGAGCACCUUCUCCCCCGACCCGAAAACUCCGUCGCCAAAGCUUCUCGCCUCCUCCUAUCGCCGCCCCUCUUCCUCCCGCACAAUUUACGGAGAUCGCUUCAUCCCCAGCCGCUCCUCUUCUAAUUUUGCUCUCUUCAAUCUCCCCAAUUCUAGCUCCAAUGCCUCUUCCGAUGAUUCCAAUUCGGCCUACACCAACCUCUUGAAGUCCGCCCUUUUCGGGCCCGAAUGCGUCAGUGGAUUUCAGCCAUUGACGCCGGAUAAAUCUUCCUCCGGCGGGAGAUUUAGUGGUCGGAGCAGCGGCAGUGAUAGUGUUUUCCAGACUAGUCCUCCGAAUUGCAACAUUUUCAAGUAUAAGACCGAAACGAGGAGGUCUCUGCAUUCUCUGUCUCCGUUUGGAUUUGAUGAUCAGCUCCCUGGGGUUACUCAUAGUCCUGUUAAGGCCCCAAGGAAAGUCCCUAGAUCUCCUUACAAGGUUCUGGAUGCGCCUGCUUUGCAAGAUGAUUUCUAUCUUAACCUAGUUGAUUGGUCUUCGCACAAUGUGUUGGCUGUGGGGCUGGGAAACUGUGUUUAUCUGUGGCAUGCUUCUAGCAGCAAGGUAGUGAAGCUGUGUGAUUUAGGAUCUGAUGAUAGUGUCUGUUCUGUCGGCUGGGCUCAACGCAACACACAUCUUGCAGUUGGAACUAGCAACGGGAAAGUCCAAUUGUGGGAUGCCUCUCGUUGCAAGAGGAUAAGAACCAUGGAGGGACAUCGGCUGCGAGUUGGAGCCCUAGCCUGGAGUUCUUCCACAUUAUCGUCAGGAAGCCGCGACAAAAGUAUUCUUCAGCGUGAUAUACGAGCUCAGGAAGACUAUGUUAGCAAGUUAAGCGGACAUAAAUCAGAGGUUUGUGGGUUGAAGUGGUCUUAUGACAAUCGAGAGUUAGCAUCAGGUGGAAAUGAUAACAGGCUUUUUGUAUGGAACCAACAUUCGACCCAGCCUGUGCUAAAAUACUGUGAACACACUGCUGCUGUAAAAGCAAUUGCAUGGUCGCCCCAUCUUCAUGGACUCCUUGCUUCUGGGGGUGGCACUGCUGACCGAUGCAUUCGUUUCUGGAAUACAACUACUAAUACGAAGCUAAGUUGCAUGGAUACUGGAAGUCAGGUAUGCAAUCUUGUGUGGUCGAAGAAUGUCAAUGAACUUGUGAGUACCCAUGGCUACUCCCAAAACCAAAUAAUCGUUUGGAGAUAUCCUUCAAUGUCAAAGUUGGCUACUCUAACAGGCCAUACCUACAGGGUACUCUACCUUGCUAUUUCACCAGAUGGGCAGACAAUCGUGACAGGAGCAGGAGAUGAAACACUUCGGUUCUGGAAUGUUUUUCCUUCACCUAAAUCUCAGAACACUGAAAGUGAAAUCGGGGCAUCAUCUCUUGGAAGGACGCAAAUUCGCUGAUCCUCUGCUAUGUAUCACUCUGCGCAUUAUCAUCCUAUUUAUUCCUUGUCGCUGUGGUCACAAGAAUGUUACGCUCCUAGCACAGCAACGAGGCACAGAUAAGCCGGUUGACGACACAAAGCUGCGGAAAAUUUUUCAGGAUGUUACAAAUAUCAGCUGAUUGUACCCUCAACAAUCAAGCAAAACUGGUGAUAUUAGAUGUUUUUAAUACUUUAGAAACAUGACCAAGUGUAUAGGAAAUUGUCAUGCUUGGUAACAUUUGGUUGAAGUUAGAGUAAAAACAUAAGCAGCUUCCGGUGCCCUAUUUUAUUUUAUUGUAAAUAAUUAUUCUUGGAGUGAGGAGAUCGUCUAUCGUUCUCCAAGAUAUUUUUCAUUAAUAUAUAAAUCUUAUUUUGUUUUA